CCCAGCGAGUACGGAGGCAGCGCGUGACACCGGCACUGUGCCGCGGCGGCUCGGGCUCCGGCUCGCCUGUAAAUCACGGAAACGGCGGCGGCGGCGGCGGCUGCGACGAAAACGCGCGACAAAUCGACGCCCGCUUUAACGAGUUGCCAAGUGGCGCGCGUCGCGAGCGAGGAGUUUGACAGGCGAGAGGCGCGUGCACGCUGAGCAGAAAGCGGCCAGAGUUUUGCUGCUGUCCGCAAGGUUACCGAAGUGCAGCGAAAAACAAAGAAAGAAAGAAAGAAAGAAAGAAAGAAAGGAGGGGGACACAGGAAAGAAAUUCCACGCAGGAUGUUCAGUAUCCCUCUGUCACGUGGUUUCCGUCGAGGUUUAACGGUUUUAGUUUAAAGUCUUGUUUGGAGCUGAAUUCCCGGUAAUUCCGGCUGCUAAUUGGGACGCAUCCGGACGGCGCGCGACUCCAGGGAUACAGGACUCUCUGCGGUCUCUGCAGUUCCCUCACUGAAAAGAGGGCAAUGAGAAUUCCUGUCUUUUUGCAUUGACAACGACAUGGGAAAAAGGUUCUCAUCUGUCCAGUAAGGAUGUUUCCGUCCCACAGAGAAAGGGAGCAACCCAUUUUCAGUACCCGAGCGCAUGUGUUCCAGAUCGAUCCAGCUACUAAGCGCAACUGGAUCCCAGCCAGCAAGCAUGCAGUCACCGUCUCUUUCUUCUACGAUGCUAAUCGGCAUGCCUACCGCAUCAUCAGUGUGGGAGGCACCAAGGCUAUCAUCAACAGCACCAUCACACACAACAUGACAUUCACUAAGACGUCCCAGAAGUUUGGCCAGUGGGCCGACAGCAGGGCUAACACCGUGUACGGCCUGGGCUUCGCCACAGAGCAGCAGCUUAACCAGUUUUGUGAGCGCUUUAAGGAGGUCAAGGAAGCGGCUCGGCUGGCUAGAGAGAAAUCGCAAGACAAGAUGGAGCUGGCUAACGUUGCCUUGAACAUCGCAGCCCCACAGGAUCUCUCAGACGAAUUGCAGUCACCACCGGUGAUGUGUGUAAAUGGGCCGGAUGAUAAACUCUUCCGGAGCCAGAGCGCAGACAUCACACUCUCAUCAGAGAAAGAGCGUAUCAAAAAGAUGCUCUCUGAAGGCUCUAUCUGUGAGAUAAACCUGGAGGCCGAGCUCUUCACCCUGCAGGACAGCAACGCAAAACUGGUGGCCGCGCUGCAUGAAGCUAAUGCCAAUGUGGAGCAGUGGAAGAAGCAGCUGGCGGCCUAUCAAGAGGAGACGGAGAGGCUGCGAGAACAGGUGGCAGAUUUGGAGGCCCAUGGAGGCCAGGGACCCAGCGACAUGCUGAAGGAUGAGCUCACACAGUCUCUGGAGGAACUGGAGGCUUUACUCAAGGCGAAAGAUGAGGAAAUCCGUAUUCUUCAGGCGAAGAAGUCCAAUUUCCAUGAGAUGGAGCAGGAGAGAGAGGAAGCCAUUCACAGAUUACAGGAGCUGGAGAUGCGUAACAUGGAUCUGGAGCGGCGGGUGCAGAGUGCUGAGCAGAGCCUGGCCUCUACGCUGGAGGAUCGAGACCGCACAGAGAACGAGGUUCAGAGGGUCAUCCAGAUCCUCGACAUCAAGCUCUUUGACCUCAAUGACCUGCGACAGAGCCUCGUCAAACUGCUCGAGAAGUAGAGCAGUAGAGCAAGAGCGGUCUUCUGACUGAAAGAGCUAGAGCUGUGGUGACAUAGAGGUAGAGAGAUAGAGAGAAAGAGGCGGUCCCUGUGCUAGGCCCAAGCUCAGCGGCCUGGCUCUAAGAAACAGAACGACUGCCGUUCAAGAGGCGCCACGUCAGCACAUAGUGUAGCUAUGCUUUCGAAUAGAGAAUAUCAAAGGCUAGUGAUUACACGUACACAACGUUUUGUUCUGUAGUUUUCUUUGAUGUUUCCUUUUGAUUUUUCCAGUUAACAGUUUAGCAAUAAAUAUCAGUUUAAGUCAGUAUUCAGUUGAUAACGAUUUGGGGGUAAAGUAUAUUUUUGAUACAUCAGGUGACGCACGGCAGAACGUUUUCCUUUCAGUGGUGGAAAAUAGAGUCAGAAUAGAAGUAAUAUAUUAUGUUGCAUUAUAUUAUGUCCUAGAUAUAAACAUACUAUAACCGGUACUAUGGCACUGGUACUUAAUGGCACAGACAAAAUACAGAAAAGAAAUAAAGCAAAAGUUGGAGCUUACAGUGCGCAUGAAACAACUUAUAAUACUAUUCAAAUUUUGAAACACUUAUAUGAAAGCAAAAUUUUAAGAUUAAUUUUGAGAAAUGGUAAGUGAAUGUAACCUGCGUAUGCAGUUUCUUUGCCGAGGGACAUGUGUAUACCAAAGACCAGCAGAAACAUCACUGUUCUCUGAGGACUGUACUGCUCCGUUUGAUUAAUUCACUGGUAGAAUAUUCUGGUCUGUAUUUAAUCUAGCAGUAAUAUUCAUAAGUAAUAUGGGAUGCAAGAAAGAAAGAAAAGUAGUUGCUCUGUUUGAAAUGUACAAAUAUAGUUAAGAUGCACUGUAGGCAAUGCACAAUCUAUUCUAAUAGGUCCAUGUAGGUUACGAUAUUUGUAGGUAAGUAUUCAUAAAGUACAAGUUAAGGCUAUUUUUCCUGCAUUUAGGAAUGCCAGCUUGUGGCUUGGGUGGAACUUGUACCGUACUUUUCUAGUUAGAUUAUAGGGCUUCUAAGCAUUGUACAACUUUGAUGUCACAGGCCAUGUCUAAGGCUGCAUGGUUGCGUAUCAGUCGUUGCUUCAGGAAACUCGCUGCUUUUGAGUAUUUGUAAAUGGGACCCGUGGAUGAUGAGGAAAUGACACUUGAAUGUGAUAUUUUUUUUCCCCCCAUGAAGGCUACGUAUUCAAGAGCAAGUCUAAAUGUCAGAGGAAAUAAAUGCAGGUUUUAAAUGCUUAUAAAAUCAAGCUGCCCUGCAAUUAAGAGCACAUAAUCUGUAGUAUCUUCCUCUUAAGGGAUCAUUUUAAGCUACAGAUCACCUCCUUUAUUUUAAAUCAUUGAGGUGACUGAUGUCCUGUACAUGAACAGUCUUACAUUGGGAAAGGAGUGAAUUGAACAAAUGAACAUUUCCAGGAUCAUCAUCAAUUUUCAUGUUUUGGCCUGCGAUUCAUAAGGCAAGUUGUUUUAUUGCAACCUUUACCUUAAACUGUGCACUAAAAUACAAAGUAUUAAGCUAGAGACUGGUGUAUAUACACAAAAUGUAGGCCACCUGGCCUUGAGUAUUAUUUGUCAUCAUCUCAGAAGUCUCAUUUUCUGUGCUGAAAUUGCACACAGUCCCCAUUAAUAAAAAAGAAACCAUGAUGCCA